GACAAAAUCACAGAUCCCACAAGGCCAAGUCCAAAGUCCCCUUUCUUCCCAGCAAAUUCCAACCAUUUUCACUCAACUACAGUAGUUUUCAUCCCUAAAGCUGAAAAUGACAAAGGAUGAAGUAUGGAGACUCAUCAUUAUGUCAUGGAUUAUAUUAGUAUAAUGUAUCCAUCUUUGUAAGGGUUGUUGAGCAAAUCAAUCGGUAAACCACUCAGAUUCGGACACAUUUUCUUAUUAUUAACUGUGAAAUGUGUCCAUUUGCAUGAUUAAUCAAAGAUUCGUAGUGGGUCUAUCUUGGAUUUCUAAAAAGAUUCAUACUUUCUGCAAACUACUAACUACUACAUUGUUUUCAAGAAAAGAGAAAAUGGGGUUGUUGACAAACAGAGUGGGAAGAAGUGAGAUCAAACCAGGAGACCAUAUUUACACUUACAGAGCUGUUUUUGCCUACUCCCACCAUGGUAUUUUUGUUGGGGGAAGCAAAGUGGUCCAUUUUAACCGUCUUGAGGCCUUUCCUGAUGCUGCUGAUGAAGAUGAUGAAAUCUCAGACCUUUCUUCUUCAUGUCCAACCUUUCCCGACUGUGGAUUUAAGCUACCUAACAGUGGCGUCGUUCUUUCUUGUCUGGAUUGCUUUCUCCGCGAUGGUUCACUCUACAUCUUUGAUUAUGGAGUAAGCCCAUCUGUUUUCCUUACCAGAGUGCGAGGGGGCACUUGCACUACUGCAGCAUCAGACGCUCCAGAGAUGAUCAUACACCGAGCAAUGUAUCUUCUUCAAAAUGGAUUCGGAAACUAUAAUGUGUUCCUUAACAAUUGUGAGGACUUUGCGCUGUACUGCAAAACAGGUCUUCUGGCAGCUGAUAGACAUGGUGUUGGAAGUAGCGGACAAGCUUCUUCUAUCAUUGGUGCUCCUUUAGCUGCUCUUCUUUCCUCUCCUCUGAAGUUGCUAAUUCCUCCUGUUGGUGUGGCCACACUAACAGCAGGGAUGUAUUGUAUGAAUAGAUAUGCAACUGACAUUGGCGUUCGAAGUGAUGUUGUCAAAGUAGCAGUUGAAAACCUGGCGGAGAAGCUUGGCUAUGGAAACAGUCAUGAAAGGGUCAUCGUAGAACAUAAGUCUUCGAAUCCGGGAACUGCUAGGUGACAUCAAUCUGUGUCUUACACAGAGAGUAUUCUUGAUGUUAUAUCGAUUUAUGAUGAAGUUAUGGUAUUUGCUUAUCAUGAAAGGGUCAUCGUAGAACAUAAAUCUUCGAAUCCGGGAACUGCUAGGUGACAUCAAUCUGUGUCUUACACAGAGAGUAUUCUUGAUGUUAUAUCGAUUUAUGAUGAAGUUAUGGUAUUUGCUUAACAUAACAUAUAUGUUUUCCAGAAACUGUUCUUUGGUUAUCCAUGUGUGGAAGGUAACGACGUACUCUAAGUUGGCAGUAACUUUUAAGGCAUAAUACAUAAACAUAUACACCUCAGUUGGUAAGUAAACACUUCAACUUUGAUAGUGCACAUCUAAAUACCUCAAUUUGGUCUCAAUUGGCAACUAAAUAUUCUAACUCGUCCCCACUGUGUCUCGUGGACACAUGAUGCUAAUGUGGUGCAUAAAUUUUGAAAGUGUCUAGAUGAUUAGUUUGUUAGUUGGAGUGUUCAACUGACAUAGAGGAGACGAGUUGAGGUGUCUAGAUGUGCAUACUCAAAAUUAUAGUGUUUACUUUCCAACUGAGGACAAGUUCGAGUGUUUGUUUAUGUAUUAUGCUUAAUUUUUAUAUUUUGGGAGUGUCGUUCAUUUACUUGCUGAGUCUAUGUUCUGGCACACAAGAUUGUCGUGCAGAAAAUCUGUA